AAAGAGGGAGUGUGUAAAGAGAAAGAGAGCUGGAGGAAGAUCUCCGUGUCUAAUGUGUCCCACUCUCUUUAUGAAGCUCACCAUGUCCUCCUCUCUGCUUGUGUUCUUCUUCCUUCAGUUCUUCAGUCAGUCUCUCCAGCAGUUUCCUCGGGCUUGCACUUCACGGGACGUCCUGCUGAGCAAGCGUUGCUGUCCAGUUUGGCCGGGCGAUGGUUCGGUGUGCGGAUCCCUUUCGGGUCGAGGCUUCUGCCAGGACGUCACCGUGUCCGACCUCCCCAACGGGCCUCAGUACCCUCAUUCGGACGUGGACGACCGUGAACGCUGGCCUCUGGUCUUCUACAACCAAACCUGCCGGUGCGCCGGCAACUACAUGGGCAUCGACUGCGGCGAGUGCAAGUUCGGCUUCUUCGGUGGGAAUUGCGCGGAACGACGGGAGUCCAUCCGCAGGAACGUCUUCCAGUUGUCCGUGACGGAAAGGCAGAGGUUCAUCUCGUACCUGAAUCUGGCGAAGAACACCGUCAGCCCUGAUUAUGUGAUCGCGACGGGCACGUACGCGCAGAUGAACAACGGCUCGACCCCCAUGUUUGGGAACAUCAGCGUGUACGAUUUGUUCGUGUGGAUGCAUUAUUACGUGUCCCGUGACGCGCUGCUCGGGGGUCCCGGGAACGUGUGGGCCGAUAUUGACUUUGCGCACGAAUCUGCCGCGUUCCUGCCCUGGCACCGGGUCUUCCUGCUGUUCUGGGAGCACGAGAUCCGCAAGCUGACCGGGGACUUUAACUUCACCAUCCCGUACUGGGACUGGCGUGACGCGCAGGACUGUCAGGUGUGUGUGGACGAGCUGAUGGGGGCGCGCAGUCCUCUCAACCCGAACCUGAUCAGCCCGUCCUCGGUGUUCUCCUCCUGGAAGGUGAUCUGUUCUCAACCCGACGACUACAACCUUCGAGAGGUCUUGUGUGACGGGUCGCCCGAGGGACCGCUGCUCCGUAACCCUGGCAACCACGACCGGACGCGUGUCCCGCGGCUGCCCAGCUCUGCUGACGUGGAGGCGGUCCUGAGCCUGACGCAGUACGAGACGGGACAGAUGGACCGACGGGCCAACAUGAGCUUCAGGAACACACUGGAGGGUUUCGCGAGUCCUGAGACGGGGUUGGCGGUCACAGGUCGAAGUUUGAUGCACAACUCUUUACACGUCUUCAUGAACGGGUCCAUGUCUUCAGUGCAGGGCUCCGCCAACGACCCCAUUUUUAUUUUACAUCAUGCCUUUAUUGAUAGCAUCUUUGAGCAGUGGCUGAGGAGACACCAGCCCCCCCGCACACACUACCCGACCGCCAACGCCCCGAUCGGACACAACGACGGAUACUUCAUGGUCCCCUUCAUCCCUCUCUACAGAAACGGGGAUUAUUUCCUGUCCACUAAAGCCCUGGGAUAUGAAUAUGCAUAUUUACUGGACCCAGGUCAGCGGUUCAUGCAGGAGUUCGUGACGCCGUAUCUUCAGCAAGCGCAGCAGAUCUGGGGCUGGCUCCUGGCGUCAGGGAUCCUGGGGGCCGUCGUGGCGGGAAUCAUCGCUACGGUCAUCAGCGUGUCGUGUCGCAGGAGGACAAAGAGGCGAAAGGCGUCGGGAUACGGGGAGAGACAGCCGCUCCUGAACAGCAGCGAGGAAGAGGGUUCAGCUUCAUACCAGACCACACUGUGAACCUGAGUGUGUGUCAGCGAGGACAGAGCCACGGGGAAAACACACACAACUUGGGACAAUCCACAACGCGUAACGUGAAAAACGUUAACGUGGCUUACAGUGUUAUUAAAAGACUUCAUACUAAUAAAGUAUAUCAAUGUACAGAGCACAGAAUAUGAACACCACAUUUAAUUACACGUUAAAUGUUGUAUAAUAGUUUUCUAUAGGAGGAAAGCGCUUAAAGUGUAAUUAAAUACAUUGUUCAUAUUCUCUGCUCUUUGAUUUUGGUAUACUUUAUUAGUAUGAAGUCUUUUAAUAACACUGUCUUAGUACAUUAAGCCACAUCAAGCGUUUUUCACAUUAAGCGUUUUAUAAUGUCUGGACAACAGGUCAUGUGACACACGAGACCACUAAACCUCGAGUUUGCUUAUGCAACAAGAGCUACGUUUACAAUCACUCAAGGCCGUACUAAUCUUGCUAUAGAGUAUACAGAAGAAGAAAGAAGAAAUAAUACUUUUAUUUAGCAAGAAUGCUUUAAAUCGAUCAAAAGUGACAGAAAAUAUAUUUAUAAUGUCGCAAAAAUUCUAAUAUUAUUGUUUUUUUGAACAUUGUAUUUGGGGAACACUAAAGAUCAGCUUUGAUCACAGAAAUAAAUUACAUUUCAAAAUAUAUCUUCAAAUAUAAGAGAUAUUUAAAAUUGUAAUAAUAUUUCACAGUUUUUUUUUAAUGUAUUUUAAGAUCAAAUAAAUUCAUUAGUGAGCAAAAGAGACUAAUUUCAAAAACAAAUCUUAACAAUUUGUAAAAAAUGGUAAACACUACAUUAGUCAAAAUGAGCCGUAUAAAACCAGAAUAAACUAGUGCAUCCCAUAAUGCAAUGCGUGUCACUUGACUUCAUUUCCAGUGCGAUGAACAAACCCUGAAGCAAUUUCUCCCAAACAUUUCUCUCCUUUUCUUGUAGGUUUUUUGUUGUAAAACAUUGGAUUUAAAUUGCAAAACGAUACUUUCAUUUCCGAGACGAUUGCAAAUGCACAAUAGUGAGGUCAGAUUACCAUUUUCAAAAUGCAUAUUGUUGCAUAAUGCAAUAAAUAAACGGUGAGCUUGUAUUGGUCUCUCAAUGAUAUU